CAUUGUUCCAUAAAUGAGAAUUUGUUUUCCUAUAUACAAGAGGCAGAAAGCAUUCAGGCCUCAAUUAGCUCAACAAAAUUAGGCCUUACUUGUAUAACUACAACAUUAUACAACAAUCAGAUGACGAACUCCUCUUGUAGCCUGUGGGUAAAAUAGACCACAAAGGAAAGGCAAAAGUAUGGGAUUAGGACCCAAACUUGCACAAAAUUAGCAAUUCUGGACCCAAACUUCAAUUGCACUCAAUUAAGUCUUAAACUACACAUGUCUGCUCUCCCUAUUUUUUACAUGUCUUUAUUCUUAAUGCCAAAUUGGGUGGUUGCUAAGUUGAUUAGUCUUCAGAGGUCCUUUUUGUGGGGUGGGGUGGAAUUAAAGAGGAAGAUUCCAUGGGUUAAGUGGGAAUAUGUGUGCACUAGUAAGAGGAAGGGAGGUCUUGGUGUGGCGGAUUUGCGUCGAAAAAAUUGGGCACUUUUAGGGAAGUGGUGGUAUAGACUAGGUGAUGGAGUAGUGGGAUUGUGGAAACAAGUGGUGUGGGAGAAGUAUUAUGGGGGGAGGAAAGAAGUAGAUAUUACAGCAGUAGAUACGGUCCAGGUGUCUAGGAUUUGGAGGGACGUUAUUAGUAUUGGUUUGCGUUCUAGUAGUUUAAAGAAGAUGUUGGUGAAUGGCUUUAAGUGGGAGGUGGGGGAUGGUAGUCGGGUACGUUUCUGGAGAGAGGUUUGGAUAGGGGAGAAGCCUUUGAGAGAAUUGUGUCCUCGAUUAUUUGAGUUGGCGGUAAAAAAGGACGGUUUAGUUAGUGAGAUGGGGGUUUGGGAGGAAGGUGGUUGGAGAUGGAAUUUAGAUUGGAGGAGGGGACGUUUGGGUAGAGAGCAGGAUGAGGAGCUGGGGUUCUGGGAGUCUAUAAAUAGAGCCCAAAUAAAGGCAGGUACUGAUGAUUGUUGGCAUUGGGUGCAUGGUACAGAUGGGAAGUAUGUGGUCAAAAAUGCUUAUGACUUACUAGCAUCAACGGACUUGAUACUGAGUGAUCACUUUUGUAAGUUAAUUUGGUGCAAAUUAGUACCAGAUAAAGUCAGUUUCUUCGGAUGGCGAUUAUGUCUUGAUCGUCUUCCAACAAAGUGGAACUUGCAAAAGAGAGGAGUGGUUCUAGAGGGGGGUUUGGGGUGUGGAUUGUGUAAUGAGGGGAUAGAAGAUGGAAAUCAUGUUUUCUGCACAUGUCCAGAAGUGUGGCUGAUAUGGGUAAGGGUGCUGGCUUGGUGGGGAAUGGCGUCUGUGUUGCCAAAUAUAGUGGGGGGGGUAGCAGAAUUCUUCUUAUUUGGGCUGGGUAGGGUGAUAGGAAAGGAAUUGGCAUCUUGCAUUUUCCUUGUUACUUCCUGGUAUGUAUGGUUUUGGAGAAAUUGUAGAGUGUUUAAAGGAAAUAUGAUUCGAAGAGAUGAUUUGGUGGAGAUGAUUCAGGCCAAGACUUUCUUCUGGAUUAAAAAUUACCUACAGGGAUGUGUCUUCUCGCUGGUGGAUUGGAAGAUCAAUCCGGUGGAGGCUGCGGCAGCUAUAAGAAAGAACAAUACCAUGCUGAAGGAAUACCGUAGGAAUACAAAUUGUAGGAAGGAUUAGGGGCAGAUCAUGUGCUUUGAGUUUUUUCUCUUUGGAAUUGUUUGCUGGAUGAGUACUUUAUGGUUUUAAAUUCCUGCUGUGUGUAAUUUUUGUUUUGUAGAAGGGUUGGAGUACCCCUUGUAUUCCAUAUAAUUUUAAUACAUUUAAUUUGUUGAUCAAAAAAAAAAAAAAGUCUUAAACUACACAAAAUUCUCCAAUAAGGUCCUAAUUUGAUG